AUGGAAUAUUCAGGAAGGCUGGGAAGGCGCAGUGAUGCAGAAAUGUUUGUGGCAACAACAGAGCAGGAGCAUAUACAGUGCAUAGACCAGGAAAAUGCUAAAAGCUGGAAGGAAAGAAGAGAAGCCCUGCGAGAACAGCUUUCUUCUCUAAGCAAGCAUUUAGCAAAUGACUCUAAUGAUGCAGAUCUAACUCACGAAGCGGCAACAGCAGAAGAUCUGAACUACCACAUAGUUGCGCCGUGCAUCCAGCUGAGCAGCCAGCUAAGAAAAGGGUGUCCAAAGUACAAAGAGCUUCCUACGAUCAAAGAUCUAAGCAAAUGCGACUUGAUAAAAUGGAUGGAGGAUUUUCUGGUGCUUUCCAGAAAUAGAAAAUGGGCCGGCAAUGAGCUGAGAGAAAAACUAAUGUCAUACAUAGACAGCAGGCACAGCGAGAGGAUAAAAGAUCUAUCCACCGACAAAAUAAUCAAAUGCCUGAUCAAAGAAACGUACAAGCUGGCAGAGCUUCAAAUGUACAAGAACAGGCUGAAAGAGCUAAAAGAAAUUAAUUUCAAGAGCCUGGAGCAGUACAUAGAAAAGUUUGCGCAUUUUCUUUCGUUUUUGGAGGUUACUUCGAUUAUCCACGAAGGGUCAGAAAUGGCACUAGAAGAUGUGGAGCUGUAUGGGAAAAAGAUGUUCUAUGAAGGAGCGCUUGCAAAGAACAAAAAGGUCCUGUUCUACAUGAAGGCUCAAACAGAGACACUCAGAAACAUGGCAGGGUAUCUGCUGGAAAAUGAAGUCAUUUUGGCUCAAGAAGCAAAAGAGCUAGUGCGUGCUGAAAAAACACAGUAUCAUCUUACCUUGGCCUCUGAAACGGUAUUUCCCAAAAAAGGAGACCCGGGAAAGCUGAAGUGUGUUCUUCAUCCAAAGGGCAACCAUUUAGAAAAUGAGUGCAAGCUGAAGAAGAAGAUAAAGCAGGUGAACAAACAGAGCUUUCCUUCUCAUUUAUAA